AUCCUCCAUGCACUUCGCCACGUUAGUGAAACCUUUAUAUAAGAUGAUACCGGCCGUAGAUAUUGAGACACUUCCAUCUGCCGAAGUAUUGUAUCAUCGUCGCUCUUCGGAAACCUGGUCUGAUGGCUAUCAUGAUCAAAAGAAAGGGGAAAGGGAGUCAAGUCAAGGACUUAUCUCCAAAACUCAUUCUCUCGCUCCUUCAAAGACCAGAUUUUUCUUCAAGAACAUCCUAGGGUUAUCAAUUCUCUUCUUAAUUCUUCUGAAUACUCUACAGUUGAUUUUGAUCGUGUCAACAAGUUCCAAGUCCCUGAAGAAAUGUCUUGCUUCACCCGGUAGAUAUCUCCAGAGUUUUUUUGACAUGUGCUAGCUUUAGAAAUCCAUGGCAAUACUAAUAUCUUAUAAUCACACAGAUAUUCCAGAACUAAGUCUCGAACGCUCUCAAACCCGUCGGAUUGUUCGCACCAGCCCAUUCACUUCACGCAAUAUCACUGAUGGUAAUGAAGCCUGGCACAACAUUCUACCUGGUCAUGGUGUCGUCGCUCUACCUGAAUCGUAUGUCAAAAAGAACAAUAUAGCAGAGUCGAGUGCAACUCAUCUGUAUCCUGGUGAUACAGAGCCCAAACAUAUCUAUUUCAUUGAAUCUUAUCAUGUUCUGCAUUGUCUCGUAUGUCUCACACAUUCUUCCAUCUCCUCUUCUUCCAGCCAAAUUCUAACAAAAGAUAGCGUAUGCUUCGCAGCCUUUACCACUCCUUGGACUACGGACUACCCAAAGAGCCAUAUCUUCCUCCUUUGGAUCACCCUUACCAUUGUUUCGACCGGAUUCGGCAAUUCAUCAUGUGUAAUCCAGAUUAUACAUUAGUACCCAACAUAGCAGGACAUGGUAAAUCGGACUUCACACAACCGAACAAAAAGUGUCUGGAUUGGGAUGCGUUGAGAGAUUGGGCGGAAAAGUAUCAUGGAGAUUAUAUGGAUGAUUUUGCACUUUCAGCCAAAGAGAAGGAGAAGAUAGGGUAUGAUGAAGCGAACAUUUAUAACAAUUAUAAAAAGGGGGAUGGGUUACCGGUAGGACAGCUUUAGGGUUCAGUGAGCUGUUAUUGUAGAAAGCUGAGCAGGACAGAGAAUGGAAGAUGGUACCGAUUCCAGAGGACCCAUAGAGGGUAGAAGUUAGCAACGUCUUGUACUGUACAUACAUUGCUAGAAUUCUGGACAAAUACACUUGUAAACGACCA